AUGUCUAUACGACGCUCUCUGUACGAGGGGUUCAAAAAUGUUCACAAUAAGCUCCACAAUGUGAAAACAACAAGUGAUUUUCAAACCACUGGACGACUCACUCCGAAAGAGUUUGUGGAGGCAGGUGACGAACUCGUUCAGAAGAACCCUGUAUGGCAAUGGGUCGGUGGCCCUGAGAGCGUGCAAGACUAUCUCCCGAAAGAGAAAAAGUGCAUCGUCUACCGCGGUGCCCCAUGCACUGAACGAGCGCCAGUCGACCCUACGAACGUUUCACCAGAGGCAGUUGAUGAGGACGACUUUGUGUUGACAGAAGCCCCACAGGUUGCCCUGCCCGCAACAGUCAUCGAAGAGGAAAAAGUGCUCACCUGGGACGAAGAUGACGAUGACUCCGGCGAAGACGAUGUUGUUGCCACGGCAACUGACAACUCAAACCUGCGCGUCUAUGAUGUUUACAUUGUGUACGACAAAUACUACCAAACACCGCGUAUGUAUUUGGUGGGGUACGCUAGCGAUCAUGUAACACCUCUCUCGAUGGAUCAAAUGAAAGAGGACGUUUACCGAUCCAACUAUGGCAAAACAGUCACCAUUGACCCCCAUCCUGUUCUCUCGAUUCCGUGCAUCAGUAUUCAUCCUUGCCGACACGCUGAGACAAUGCGCAGCUUGAUGCAUCGAAUGCAAGAAAACUACAAUCGCGAAAAGGCGAAUGAUCCCAACGCUGAGCCGUUUGUUUUCCCCACCCACUUAGCCUUGCUUCUCUUCUUGAAAUUCAUCUCUACUGUUCUCCCAACAGUUCAGUACGACGUUUCCUCGGGUUUUCACUUAGUGUGA